GCGACGUUUCGACUUCAGAAUCCUUGAAAAGGUGCACAAGAUGGACUGUCCUGCAGAGGGGUUCCAUAUCCAGGAGGAGCUGCAGCCAACUGUCCGUGAACAUGACAUCAAAGCGGAAACUGGUCCAGCCCCGCCUCGGUGGUCGUACCUCGUCCUUGCAGUGGCCGUGCUCGCGAUGUCAUCUGGCGGGAUCUGGUUUGCAUUGCUCGGGACAUUUGGCACUCCGCCGUUGAUGAUGGCCUGCUGGCGGCUGACACUCACGUCGGGCUUGCAAUUAGUUGGUGUGGUAUACGAACUUCGCACGGUCAACUUCGACGAUGCAUUUUGGUCUCGAUUUCGACGGGCGUGGUUGCUCUUGGUCACGUCUGGCGUUGCCCUGGCCAUCCAUUUUGGCAGUUGGGGGUGGAGCAUUGCACGCACGACACUGCUGGAUUCACUUCUCCUCGUCAGUUCGGUGCCUCUACUACUCGUCGCAAUCCAAACCUUGCGCUGGCUGUACCGUCGAUUCACUUCUCCAGCGUACGUGGCACCACCACAGGCCACCAUGCCACCACAGAACAACACGAACGACGGGGAUUCGUACGUGGCUGCACCACAAGAGUCUGACCCAAAUGAGUCGGAUAGCACAGCACAAUCGUGGUUGCGGUUAGUAUUCUGUCCCCUAAAUCCACAUGCUCCAACGUGGUUGGAGGCAUUGGGGGCGUUGUGUGGCUUUUUCGGUGUGCUGGUGUUGUUGCUUAUGGCACCGGACACCGCUGGAACGUCCAGUUCCACGGCCGUGACCACGGUGGCAGGAAAUUUAGCCGCUCUGCUUGGCGCCUUUGCGAUCAUUCCGUAUUUGGAGGUUGGGGCGUCCUGUCGGCAGUUCAUGCCGCUGUUCCUGUAUGCCUUCCCCGUCACGUUCGUCGCAGCAGUCAGUCUUGCCGUAGCUUCGUUGGCCACCGAGUCAAAUACAACGGUGUCUACCGUUGGCUUAACUGCCCUUUUCGGUUUUCUUGGGGACACCCAUCGAGCGGGCUAUGCAUUGGGGGCCGCUGCAGUCUCCGGCAUCGCAGGACACACGUUGAUGAAUUUAGCCGUCAAGUAUGUCAGCCCCCUCGUAGUCGGCGUGGCCGUGCUAUGGGAGCCCCUGCUUGGUUCAUUUUUGGGCUAUUUUGCCAAUGUCCAAGGCCCCCCGGAUGUGUUGUCGUUAGUGGCCACCCCCCUUCUACUUGGAGGGGCUCUCUUGGUCACAUUGGGGGGUAGAAAGUAGGACCAUAACUUCGCCGUCCAAGUUCUUCUCUCGAUUAAUGAAAUAAUUAUAUCAAGUUAAUGCCGUA